UUGCUUUAAAAGCGAGGAGCUCCUGUGUGCUGCCCCAUCACCAGUUCCUUCAGUUUCCAGACUCCAACAAACCAUCAACCGCCCAUCGCUAUUCUACUUCCUUCCAUCCCAGUCCAUUGGUAGGAACCGCACGCCUACUUCUCCUUUCUCCUGACCCAUCCUUCGAGUUCAAUUUAUCGGCCACCUUUGCCAUCAACGGAUCGGAAAUCGCACGCCGAAUCAAACAACUCGCUUCAUCCUCUACUGUUACCCUCUCCGUCUUCCAUCCAAAUUCAUCAAGAUGACGCGCUCCCACAAGUACAACGACAAGGACCACGCCGGUCUGGCCGAUGGCACUGUUUUGCCGCAGGACCAUCUGCCCAAGUACUUUGGGAAGCACGGCUUCCCCGAUGCCGAUCCCAAGAAGACCAAGAAGAACGGUGGCGGCCGGGCCAACUGGUAAGUCACGGUGCUGCGCCCAGUUAUCCCACCACGCUUCAUUUUCCAUGAAAAAGCAGCGAGAGCUCCGCUGACGCGAACCGUCAGGGGCAACGCCGGCGACGAGGUGAUCGAUGAGAACUUCAACUUCACCAAUGCGCGCCGCCGCUCCAACAGCAGCAUCUCGGCCAACUUGGAGAACUUGAAGAGCAAGUUCGAGGUCAACGAGCCCGAGCCCGUCUUCGAAGAGAGCAUGGGCCCGGAGGAAGAGGAGGAAAAGAUGGAGAGCUCGUCGAGCGGGACCAGCGUCGACGAGGGCAAGCCGCACAAGGAGAUGUAAACAACCUUGGAUGCGAGACGGGAGGUCUUGCGCUUGUGAGGCAGUCACCUGCGAGCGAUGCGUUGCGGGAAUCCAUGAAUCAUGGCGGAAGGCGUUUCUGGCUGGGCAUCUAGCACUCGGGCAAUGCCUUCUAUCUGACUGCCACACAUGACGUUGCGCUCGGCUAGCCAUCAAGCGGUUGGCGAGCCACGCUGUACGAUAGCCUCAAUUAGCGGUUGAUGGACGCGGUUCGCUUUGACAGAACGUGUAUUCGUUCCCCGAUGCAGUUAAUUACGAGU